GGAGAGAGAGGGGGGAAAAACAAGACAAUUAAAAAGAUUGACAGGUAGGCUCCUCUGUCAGGGGUGACGCUUGUGGAGAGGGGAGGAGUAAAAAUGUAGCAGGAAAAGCCACUCGAUGCGUCUGUCUAUCAGUUGAGACUGUCUGAAACAGCUCCUGGAUCCACCGCGUUUCCAUUUUUUCUCUUUUCCUGUCGGGGAGACCUCGGAUCAGUCCCAGGAGUUUGGCCCCCUCUUUGCUUUUCCUAAAAGCGGCAAAUAUCUGAGUCCAUGUCGAUCUGAUGUGUUGUUGGCGAAGCUUGGAUGCGCCUGCGUCUUGUUUGUUUGCCCCCUCUCUCUCAAGUGAUAGCCUCUCCACCGCAUCAGCCACCCCUCCACACACACAAAAAAAAAACGACUCUUGUCCAAGAUGCGAUGAGAUGAGCGGCGGAAAUCGCUUCCACGAGCCCUAAAACGUCUCCGCUAACAGAACGGGAAACAGACGGAUACUUCCCAGAGCUGUGCGCUGCGAUCACGCGGGACUUAUUUGUUUGGUUGCUGCCAGAGUUUAUUUAUUUUUUAGUUUUGGCGUGUGCGUAAAAGACGCAGCAAACUAUCGCCCCCCCCCCCCUCCAAACAGCACUGGAGAUUACAUGGGGGAUUUUUCCUGGUGGGAGUGAAACUGAAAACUUCAAGGUGCUCGCCUGCUGCCUCUGAUUAUUUAUUUUUGACGUUUUAUUUUUUUUUACCACGAGAGAGAUGAAGGAAGAUGAUCUUUGAUGGACGUGAAGUUGUCAGGAGCUGGCCGAACGCCGUCGUAGUUUUUGAGCUGAUCCUCGCUGAAACCGACCCGGCUAUUGAGCCCCCCAAAGAGCUGGCAGUUUGAAAAAAGAAGACUUGACAUUUUCAGCCCCGGCCCCCGAGAAACGGGAUGAUUUUCCAACACUGAUAAGACUUGUAAUUGUGUGUAAUUCCUGCAUGAGAAGCACCGUGGAACGGGACGGUCACUAUGCCGAGGAGAAAGCAGCAAGAUCCGCGGCGAUCAGCAGCGUACAUGCCCGAGGACGAGCUUAAGGCAGCCCCUCAAGAUGAGGAAGAGCACCUGCAGGAUGACGGCCUCUCGUUAGAUGGCCAGGACAAUGAGUUCCUGUGCAACGAGGAAGAGGAAGAUGUGGAUGGAGGCCAGCCGCCGAGCUACAGAGACUCUCCACUCAGCAAUGGCACUAACCCUGAUGCCGGGUAUGGGUCUCCACUCAGUGAUGCCAGCGACCGACUUACGGACUUCAAGAGCACCUCUUCCACAGACGGUCAGGAGAGGGAAGGCACAGCUUUACCCUUUCGCCCCAACAACGGCCUCUCUUUCCAGGAUAGCCUGGCACAGAUGAAAGCCGUCUAUGCAAACCUCAUCUCAGAUGCCUCUUGGUCCAGCAUCACAAUGGACAUCAUGAAAUCUAAGCCUGCUGCGGCAGGCAGUGUCAACAGUGCCCUCACCUCUCCGGAGCCAGCCUCUACUGCCUCUGUCUCUACAACCCCAACCAUAAACAAAAGUAGUGUGGUCAACAUUGUUAGCGGUCACCACAAUGGUAGGAGCUCCAGCACCACUGUUAACCACACAAGCAGUGCAAGUGGCAAUACGAAUGGCACAGCAGCUAGCUCUGUUGGCAGCCACAGUGCAACCAGCAGCAGUGGGGUCAGCAGUGGUGCAGCCAGUAACGGUGGUGGUGUAGCCUAUGACUGGCACCAGGCAGCACUUGCCAAAACUUUUCAGCAGAACCCAUACCACCUUCUACCAGAGCCCAGCCUCUUCAGCACAGUGCAGCUCUACCGGCAGAACAACAAGCUGUAUGGUUCUGUUUUCACUGGGGCAAGCAAGUUUCGCUGCAAAGACUGCAGCGCUGCCUAUGACACACUGGUGGGUUUGACAGUUCACAUGAAUGAGACGGGCCAUUAUCGAGAUGAUAACAAGGACAAAGAGGAGGAUCAGGGAAAGCGAUGGUCCAAACCACGCAAGCGCUCUCUGAUGGAGAUGGAGGGGAAAGAGGAUGCUCAGAAGGUGCUGAAGUGCAUGUACUGUGGCCACUCAUUUGAGUCUCUGCAAGAUCUCAGUGUUCAUAUGAUCAAGACCAAGCAUUACCAGAAAGUGCCUCUCAAAGAACCAGUGCCAGCCUUGGCCACUAAACUGCUGCCCCAUUCAGCUAAAAAACGAGCUCUCCAAGAUGCUAUAGUUUCUCCAUGCUCCCCAGACUCUCUCCAUGCUGGUAUCGGUGGUGGCAGCAUAUCCCAUGGGGAUGUUGGCAAAGACACAAAAGCCGUACCAAACCCUUAUGUUACGCCAAACAACCGCUAUGGCUACCAGAAUGGUGCGAGCUACACAUGGCAGUUUGAGGCUCGUAAAGCCCAGAUCCUCAAAUGCAUGGAGUGUGGGAGCUCCCAUGAUACACUGCAACAGCUGACUGCCCAUAUGAUGGUCACAGGUCACUUUUUGAAGGUCACAAAUUCUGCAUCUAAGAAGGGCAAACAGCUAGUCUUUGAUUCAGUGGUGGAAGAAAAGUUUCAGUCUAUCCCAUUGCCACCGACCACGACCAGACUCCCUGUUCCCAGUAUUGUAAAGUCACAGCCUGUGUCCCCUGCUCUCUCCUCAGGCUCAGAGGAAAAGAGGGAAGGAGGUGAGGAUGAAAAUGUUGAUCGUAGUGAGUCAUUGGAGAAAAAAAUUAAGGAGGAAAAAGACGACUCAGGUGAAAAAUCUGAGAAUGACGGCACAUCAUAUAAAUAUCUAAGAGAGGAAGAUCUUGAGGAGAGCCCCAAAGGGGGUUUAGAUAUUCUUAAAUCACUUGAGAACACAGUAUCCAGUGCCAUCAGUAAGGCCCAGACAGGGACACCCACAUGGGGUGGCUACCCUAGCAUUCAUGCAGCCUACCAGCUGCAAGGUGCAAUGAAAAGCUCAACUACUGUCCUGCCCCCAACUGUCCAGAGUGUCCACAGGCAGUCAAUGUAUAACAGUGGGUUACGUGGCCUGGUGGUUGACCCCAACUCAGUCAUCCACUCGCCUCGGAGCCCUUCCUCCCCGACCCCCCUCAGGAGCAAUGUCACUGCCAUGGAGGAGCUUGUGGAGAAGGUGACAGGGAAAGCUGCCACUGUGAAGAAAGAAAAGGAGGAGAAGAUGGUGAGCCUGGAACGAUGCCGACCCUCAUCGUUAGUAAAAUCCCCCUCUCCUGCACUGAGAGAGCAAAGAGAGCAAUUAAUAUCUCCAAAUGACCUUUCUGUAGGUAAACCCUCUGGUAUGCGAAGUAGAAGCCCAGGCAGUGUAGACUCUGAGCUCAUUUGCAAGAGGGAGCCCAAAGAGAGCCUAGUAGAUGGCCACAACAACCAUUCAAAGAAUGGCUCUGAGGCCUGUCAGUCCCCAGUAACUAACGGCAACAGUCUUGGCAUCAUCACUGAUCACUCACCAGAAAUUCCUUUCAUCAACCCUCUCAGCGCACUCCAGUCAAUCAUGAACACACACCUGGGUAAGGCCUCCAAAACAGUAAGCCCAGCUGCUGAUCCGCUAUCUAUGCUUUACAAAAUCAGCAACAGCAUGAUGGAAAAGCCAGCUUUCAACCCCACUCCUCAGGGCAAGCCAGCUGAGCCCAUCAACCACUAUCAAUUGUAUGAUAACUGUGACCAACCCAUAGACCUGAGUAAAAAUAAGUCUGCCACAAACGCCAACAACAAUAAUAACAAUAAUACCAAUGUGCUCUUGACCAACAAUAGUAUAAACGGUAACAAGCCCCUCAUUUCCCUCCCUGACUCAGUCUCCUCACCUCUCAGAGAGAAUGCUCUAAUGGACAUCUCUGAUAUGGUAAAGAACCUCACCGGCAGACUGACGCCCAAAUCUUCAACUCCCUCCUCCAUUUCGGAGAAGUCAGAUGCUGAUGGCAGUGCAUUUGAAGACGCCCUAGAAGACCUCUCUCCGGUGCAGAAGAGGAAAGGGCGGCAGUCCAAUUGGAAUCCCCAGCACCUUCUCAUCCUCCAGGCACAGUUUGCCUCCAGCCUGAGGGAGACACAAGAGGGCCGCUACGCCAUGACUGACUUAGGCCCUCAGGAAAGGGUCCACAUCUGUAAGUUCACUGGACUCUCCAUGACCACCAUAUCCCACUGGCUAGCUAAUGUCAAGUACCAGCUGAGACGGACUGGGAGCACCAAGUUUCUCAAGAACAUGGACUCAUGCCAGCCUGUGUUUCUCUGUGGUGACUGUGCCUCCCAGUUCAGGACUCCCUCCUCCUACAUCAACCACCUGGAGUCUCACCUGGGCUUCAGCAUGAAGGACCUGUCCAAGCUGUCAACUGAGCACCUACGGGAGCAGCAGGCUGCCUCAAAGGUGAUCACAGACAAAAUGACAUUCGGCAGCCCCCUGUCAGCAUUGACCACGCCAGAGGACGACACAGGCUCUGUGUACCAGUGCAGACUUUGCAAUCGGACAUUCGUCAGCAAACACGCAGUCAAACUGCACCUCAGCAAGACCCACGGCAAGUCUCCAGAGGACCACCUGGUGUUUGUCACUGCUUUGGAGAAACUGGAGAAGCUAGACAAGAUGGAGAAGGUUUAAGCGGAGUCUCAUGCUGACGGUAGAGACUGACAGCUGUGUAACUGACUAGAAUUUCAUUGCACUAAAAUGACAUUGUUCACAGUUACUGCACUGGGCCAAACUGAGCCGCCAGAAAAAAAAUCAGUCUUAUUGUUUUUCGUUGUGAUAACUGCCUGACUGGACCAUGUCUUUUCAUGUUGAUUUUGUUUUUGUUUUGCCAAGCUUUUUUUUUACACUUAUUUUGUAAUAUAUUUAUAUGCUAUUUGUCUGAUCUGUGCAUGUAUUUUAGUGAAUCAAGGUUAAACACAAGAUUUUAAUCUUUUCAUGGCAAAAAUACAACUACUGCUUCAAUGGUUAAAGUUGUGAGUGGAGAGAAUUGGUGGAAGAGAAAACUGUAUAUUACUUGAUAUGAAGAAGAUGAAAAUUAAAUGUAUACACCAAAAGAAUGAAAGACUACCCUGAAAGACUGAAGUAGCACCUUAGACAGUUGAAUUUUGAAUUUGUAAAGAGAACAUGUUUUGAAAUAUCUUGCAUUUGUCAAAACCAGAUUGAUUUUUAAAAGAUCAAGGAUUAUCAUUUCUCCCCUCUCUCAUUUCUUUGGUUCCUGUCACUGCAGUGUUUUUGAUGAUGAAUGGCCUGCUCAUAAACCUGCCAAUGUAUUAGAAAAAAAAAGACCACGUGAACAUUUGGAAAAACGGAAAUGCUGCUUUUUUGGUUAUGAGUCAAUCAGUGAAAAUGAAUGGCCGUCAGUAUGCAAGUUUGCUCAAAAAACUUUUCCUUGUUGUGAAAUAUCACCUUAUAGCAAUUUUCCAGUUGUAUGGUUUGUUACAACUUUCUCUUUCUAAAUUGUGUCGCUUUAUUCAACUGUAAAGAGAAAAGUCUGUUACAUGUAAAUGAUUAGCAGUGAACUGUCAGUACUCCAUAAAACAUAUCUUACCAUUUGAAACUGCUCAACAUUCUUUGUAUCUUAAGGUGUGUGCAUUCUCUAACUUUUAUAUCGUCAUUUUAUAUACAAAAAUGAUUAAAAAAAUAAAAACAGAUGGUGUAUAUAGAUAUAUGCUGUAGAGCUACAAAUGUCCUUUUUUAAAGAAAAAUACAAAUUUAGCUUCUUUGGCUUGGUUUACAGAAAUGAUUUUAAUUAUACUUGCAUCCAAUUUGAUGCAUGAAAUGGUGUGGAAAAUAAAUAAGCGAUGCACAAUGACUAUACAUUUCAAUGUUUUAUCAACAAUAUUGUAAAGAAAAAAAAACUUUUUAGCACCGAUUAGUUUGUUUCAUUUCUUUCUCAAUUGUAAAAUAAACCCCAAAGCAGUUGUUAACAGUC